AUGUCAAAGAAGGACGCGAAAGAAGGGGUCGGAAAAAGUAAAUUAUCAGCGCUCGAGAAGCUGAGGUCCGAGUACGAUGACAAGAGGAAACUCGCCGUGAUAGAACGAUGCAAACCCUUCACCCUGAGCGACGCCCAACUGAAUCAGGUCUGCGGAUCCAUGAUGCGGGCUCUGAAGGACGGCCUGCGGCAGUCGAGGCGAGACCGAUCCUCGGUCAAGUGUUACCCGACCUACGUGCGGACUCUGCCAACCGGGAAGGAAAGGGGAAAUUUCCUCGCUUUGGAUCUCGGAGGGACCAACUUCCGGGUCCUUCACGUCGAGAUCGGGCCUGAUGGGCAGCUGAAGCAAGACUCGAAGAUCUAUGCGGUGCCGGCGUCCGUGAUGACGGGUCGGGGGGAGUCGCUCUUCUCGCACCUGGUGGACUGCAUCGAGCACUUCGCGAAGGAGCGGGGGCUGAGGGGGGUCCCGCUCGGGUUCACCUUCUCGUUCCCGUGCAGGCAGGAGGGCCUGGCGAGGGGGAGGCUGGUGCGGUGGACGAAGGGGUUCGCCUGCGAGGGGGUGGAGGGGAGGGACGUCGGGGGGAUGCUUCAGGAGGCGCUCGACCGGCGACCCGGCAUCGACGUGGAGGUGAAGGCGGUGAUCAACGACACGACGGGGACGCUGGUCUCGAAGGCGUGGGACAGGCGGAACGCGUCGGUGGGGGUCAUCGUCGGGACGGGGUUCAACGUCUGCUACGUGGAGAAGGCGUCUCGGGUCGGGGGGAUGGAGGGGGAGGCGGGGAGGACGAAGGAGGGGAGGGCGGAGGAGGGGACGAUGGUGGUGAACACGGAGAUGGGAGCAUUUGGGGAAAAGGGAGAGUUGGAGGGAGUGAGGACGGAGUUCGAUCGGGUGGUCGACGCGGCGUCGAUCCAUCCGGGGGAGCACGUGUUGGAGAAGCUCGUCUCGGGGAUGUACCUGGGGGAGUUGGUCAGGGUCGUCCUGUUGGGGCUCAGGGAGGAGGGGUUGGUGUUCGAGGGGAGGAGGUGCCUGCAGUUGAGGGAAAAGGGGUCCGUGCCGACGAAGUACGUCUCCGAGAUCGAGUCGGACGGCCCGCAUCAUCGGGUGAUGGCAAGGGAGAUCUUGGAAGAGGUGGGGGUGUCCGAGCCGACGGUGCACGAUUGUGCGACGGUGCGGUACGUGUGUCGGGCCGUGUCGCGACGCGCCGCCCAUCUCGCGGCGGCCGCCGUGGCCGCCGUCGCGAGGAGGGUCGAGCGAUCGCCCGUGGUCGCGGCUGUCGACGGCUCCCUCUUCCGCCAUCACCCGCAUUUCGCCAGGAUCAUGCAGGAGAAGACGCAGCAGCUGCUGGGUCCGGGGACGGAAGUCGAGCUAUGCCUCUCCGAGGACGGCAGCGGGCGCGGGGCGGCGCUCGUCGCCGCCUCGGUCCGAUGA